AACCAAUGGUUGUGUAGCGCGGAACUGGCAAAGUGAGCGAGAAGGCAAACAAAAACGCUAGUCUGCCACGAAUCCGAUCGACCUCACCGUCAGUGUUAGACGUGUUUUAUUUCGGAACCUUCCUUGUAGUGAAUUGGGCGUGUCGCAGUCUUUGAAAACAAAUCCACUAUGAGCGGACAACAGUAUUACCCGUACAAGUGCACCCCCACCGUGUACCCCGCGGAGCCUUUCGAGCCCGCGGCGGAUGCGGAAACCCUCCGCAAGGCUAUGAAAGGCUUCGGAACAGACGAGAAAGCCAUCAUCAACGUCCUCUGCAGACGCGGUAUCGUUCAACGUCUGGAAAUCGCUGAAACGUUCAAGACUAACUAUGGAAAGGACUUGAUCAGUGAACUGAAAAGCGAGCUGUCCGGCAACCUUGAGAAUGUGAUCGUAGCUCUCAUGACCCCUCUACCACACUUCUACGCUAAAGAACUCCACGACGCUGUUGCGGGGAUCGGAACCGAUGAAGAAGCCAUCAUUGAGAUCCUCUGCACCUUGUCCAAUUACGGCAUCAGGACUAUUUCGGCUUUCUAUGAACAAUUGUAUGGCAAAAGCCUAGAAUCCGACCUGAAAGGUGACACUUCGGGUCACUUCAAGCGUCUGUGUGUGUCUCUGUGUAUGGCCAACCGUGACGAGAAUGCUGGUGUCGAUGAGGGCGCUGCUAAGGCUGAUGCCGAAGCCCUGGCCUCCGCUGGCGAAGGUCAGUGGGGUACUGACGAGUCCGUGUUCAACUCUAUCCUUAUCACUCGCUCCUACCAACAACUUAGACAGAUCUUCGCUGAAUAUGAAGCAUUAGCAGGCAAAGACAUCGAGGAGACCAUCAAGAAGGAAUUUUCUGGAAGCGUGGAGAAGGGUAUGCUUGCUAUUGUGAAAUGCGUGAAGAGCAAAGUGGGCUUCUUCGCCGAGCGCUUGUAUUACUCGAUGAAGGGAAUUGGAACCAAUGACAAGACUCUCAUCAGAAUCAUUGUCAGUCGCUCCGAGAUCGAUCUCGGAGACAUCAAGCAGGCCUUCCUUGAGAAAUUCGGAAAGCCCUUAGAGGACUGGAUCUCGGGCGACACAUCCGGGGAUUACAAGAAGGCAUUACUCACACUUGUUGAAUAAACGGCAUGGAUCCACAAAUGCUACUUAUAUUAAGUUUAUAGUUUCUGUCAAUUGUUAGGUUCAUAGGUCAUAGUUUAAAAUCACUUCACCACUCUCUCAUAGGUUAUGCGACAGGUGUAAAUUUUUUUUAUUUUUUUUUGGAGAUCUGUAUAUUUUGCUUCCUAUCUCAUGUUCCUUGCACAGCUAACAGCUUCGAACGCAUGAUAGUGUACCUAGAAUGCUUUUUUUUUACAAGUAGUUUGGCAUUUUUCAGGGGGAGAUUGAAGGAUCCCUCGGUUAUCUCCUAUCUGCAAUGUGUUACUAAGGCUACCGGUUUUAAGACAUCUUAACUACGUUAGCCUGUGCCGUGUGAACAUUUCGUACCUUUGGGUACAUUUUAAUGCAUUUUGAUAUCAUAAGUUAUAUAUAUAUUUGUAUGUUUUGUAAUCUCAUGCUGAUAUCGAUUGCACGCCGUGUGAUUUAUUAAUAGAAAUUAUGGGCCAGUUUCAAUAUGAAAUGCUAGUACAGUGUUGUGUUGUAUAUCUUUACAGGACGAUCUAGACGGUGACUUCAAGACUGUGCUAGUCACACUUAGCGCUUAGUCCUGCAAAAUAAAUUAUUUGCAAAAUGAAAUUUAUUUUUUUUAAAAGAUAUUUUUAAGCAAUGCAUGCAUCGGAUGUGUAGUUUAAUAGAAUUGAAUGUAAUAUUUUGCAGGAUGAUACGAAAGGCGACUACAAACGGGUGUUACUCACUCUCGUUUCUUAAGAGCAUAAUAAGACUACAUAUGUGUGUAUAGCGCUUGCGGUGAAUUGAGUUCCGUUGUGAAACUGCCUUUAUAACUGUUGAAAUGUUUCUUAGUAAUAUGCUUGAUAUUUUUGUGAAAAUGAGAUAUUUAUUGGUGCUGUAGUUUUGUUUACGAUGUAUUAUUAUAUAUAUAUUAAAAAUACAUUAUUAAUAAAA